AUGGAGUCGUUUAUCAAGGACUACGACAAGAUCAUAAAGAAGCAGCGGACCUUGGAGACGAACGACCCGCUUGACCGCCUGAUAGCCGUCGUCAACGAGGCCAAAGAAAAGAUCCGGGCAGACCCAAGUUCUGUCACAUCAUCUCUCGCCGUACUCGGAAAGUCAAUCAAAAUGGUCUCUAAUGGCAUCUCAGAGGAGCAGAAGGAAAUCCAGAGCUCGCUCUCAAAGUACUCCAAGGCAAUCGACAAGAAAUUUACAGCAGACAUGAUGGCAGCCAUCAACCCACAUGCAUUCGACAACAAGGAAAAUAUCCUCAGGAGUACGAUAGCUAUGCACUUUAUCCGUCAGGGUAACUUUGAAAUUGGAGACACAUUCGCCAGGGAGACCGGCUUGACAGUACCGGACUCGAUGCGACACCAAUUCAUGGAGAUGUUUGAUAUUGUCGCGGCACUCAAAGAGGAUAACCUGGAACCAGCAUUACAAUGGGCAACGCGGCACAGGAGCGGUCUGGAGAAACGGUCAAGCACACUCGAGUUCAAGCUUCAUCGCCAGAGAUACAUGCAGCUGUUGAUGGGUCGCCAGGUUCAAGAAGCCAUUGCCUACGCUCGCAAGAACUUCGCAUAUUUUGGGACUCGUCAUACACAAGCCGCAAACGCCAACGCUGACAUUCAGCACAUGUUCACUCGCGACUUUUGCAGUCUGAUUGGUCUGUCCUGCGACAGUCCACUCUACGUCAGUGUCACUGUGGGAACCCAAGCCAUGCCAACAAUGAUCAAGAUGGCGAGCAUCAUGAAGGCCAAAAAGACCGAAUGGAGUCAGCAGCAAGAGUUGCCGGUGGAGAUCAAUUUGACGGACGACACUAAGUUCCAUUCGAUCUUUGCUUGUCCUGUCUCAAAGGAACAGGCAACAGAGGAGAAUCCGCCAAUGAUGAUGGGAUGUGGACACGUUAUCUGCAAAGAGAGUUUGCAGAAGCUUUGCCGUGGAUCCAGCAAUCUUCGGUUCAAGUGUCCGUAUUGCCCUCAAGAGUCGAUGGCCUCGCAGGCCAAGAACGUCUACUUCUAG